CGCUCUGUCCGCUCCGCCGCCUUCCUGCCUGAGCGCCACCCGGACGGCCGCCAUGGCGAGCGUGGUCGACACGAAGCUGUAUGACAUCCUGGGCGUGCCGCCUGGCGCCAGCGAGAACGAGCUGAAGAAGGCGUACAGAAAAUUAGCCAAGGAAUACCACCCUGAUAAGAAUCCAGAUGCUGGAGACAAAUUCAAAGAAAUAAGCUUUGCGUAUGAAGUGCUAUCAAAUCCUGAGAAACGCGAGCUAUAUGACCGCUAUGGAGAGCAGGGUCUCCGGGAAGGCAGUGGCGGCGGCGGCGGCAUGGAUGACAUCUUCUCGCACAUUUUCGGUGGGGGCCUGUUUGGCUUCAUGGGCAAUCAGAGUAGAAGUCGAAACGGCAGAAGAAGAGGAGAAGAUAUGAUGCAUCCACUCAAAGUGUCUUUAGAAGAUCUGUAUAAUGGCAAGACCACCAAACUACAGCUUAGCAAGAAUGUGCUCUGCAGUGCGUGCAAUGGCCAAGGUGGAAAGUCAGGGGCUGUUCAGAAGUGCAGCGCCUGCCGGGGUCACGGCGUCCGCACCAUGAUCCGGCAGCUGGCCCCGGGGAUGGUGCAGCAGGUGCAGUCCGUGUGCUCCGACUGCAACAGAGAAGGAGAGGUCAUUAACAAGAAGGACCGCUGUAAAAAGUGCGAGGGGAAGAAGGUGAUUAAAGAAGUCAAGAUCCUCGAAGUCCACGUGGACAAGGGCAUGAAGCACGGCCAGAGGAUCACGUUCGCGGGGGAGGCAGACCAGGCGCCCGGAGUGGAGCCGGGAGACAUCGUUCUCUUGCUGCAAGAGAAGGAACAUGAGGUGUUCCAACGGGACGGCAACGACCUGCACAUGAUGUACAAGAUAGGCCUCGUGGAGGCGCUCUGCGGCUUCCAGUUCACAUUCAAGCACCUCGAUGCCCGUCAGAUCGUGGCGAAGUACCCGCCGGGCAAAGUCAUCGAGCCGGGGUGCGUCCGGGUGGUUCGAGGGGAAGGAAUGCCGCAGUAUCGGAACCCCUUCGAGAAAGGCGACCUGUACAUCAAGUUCGACGUGCAGUUCCCUGAAAACAACUGGGUCAGCCCCGACAAGCUCUCCGAACUAGAAGACCUUCUGCCAUCCCGACCUGAAGUCCCGAACAUCAUCGGUUACACAGAGGAGGUGGAGCUUCAAGAAUUCGACAGCACCCGGGGCUCGGGAGGCGGGCAGAGGCGCGAGGCCUACAACGACAGUUUCGAAGAGGAGAGCAGCAGCCACCACGGCCCCGGCGUGCAGUGUGCCCACCAGUGAGCCGCGCGGCGCAGGCGGGUUUCCUCCGCGUGCCCGGUUGGUCUGCAGCGGCCCAGCCAGAGGGUCUGUCGAUCGGAAUGAACUGAUGGAUAUUUCCUGGUCUAUGUGUAACUUUAAAGUCGGUAUAGUAUCUACAGAGUGUAUAAUUUAACUAACCACAGAGCUCUGCAUCUUCGUCUGACUGGUCUGUACAGAGGAGAGCACUCGAGGAGGCAGGACUGACACGCGUUCCCAGGCCCGUCCUGGUCUGUGCGCGGUUUCUAUCAGUUCCGUGUAGAUUUUUGUCCCAUGUUUGCAACUCGAAGUCCACGUUGUAAGUCUGUGUCC